CAAAAGCAACGUCAAACUAGGCACGGAAGAAAUAUCCCACAUUAUUACGAAUCUGAUAAACCCAAGGGGAUAAAGAGAGAAAAUGAAUCUGCUACACUGUAUCCAACACCACCUAUGACAGAGGUCGCUGAAUCCUCUAAGAAUAAAAACGCAAUAUCACAAUAUGUCCGUGAUGACUCUAGUUCUCAUAAAAGCACGCCAUGUCCAACUCGUUCGGUCACACAUACUUUAACGCCUGAUAUGACGCCUAAUAAACCCAUUAUCAAUCGAGUUCAAGAAAACGUGAAUAAUAUCCACGAUGAUGAGGAGCAUGCAUUUACCUUAGAUAGAAAUGAUAUUCCCGAAGAAGAGUUGGAAGACAGCCUUUUACAGGAAAACCCUGGUGCUAUCGUUGAUUGUAAAUUAAUAAUUAAUGGUGUAUGCAUCCGGUCAGCAAUGGAGAAAUGGCGUAAAUCGUCAAAAUACGUUGAAGAAAUACACAAGCAAGAUUUAAUGCGCUACAAUAUUAUCGACACAACUGCUUCAUCUGCAACAGAAGCACGAAAGCUCUUCGAGGAGCAUUGGGAUGAUAUCAUCAGCACUGUAGAAAAAUUUUUAACAUCAAGUCCUAAUGUAACACAAUUAGCUUCUGCUUCUGCCUCCACCUCAGCUUCAUCUGAUCAAGACACAGUACAAGACGGGCAGGCAGAAGAAGUAAAACAAUAUAUAAAAUACAUCUCGACAAAUGUGAAUUCUGCAAAGAAAUUGCGUGAAGCCAUAAAAACGGAGCGUGCAAAGUUGCGGACUGGUGAUAAUAUAAAAUGGAAGAGACGGGCCUUGGGAUUGAUGAAAAUCUUUCGGGAUCAGUUUCCAAAUGGUGCAAACUAUUUCAAAGAAGAUCAGACCGAAUAUGAUUACAUAAUUAGGGGAGAAAAAACUUUGCGAUCUUCUGCCGUUUUGCUCAACCAGUCAUUAAAAGAUGAUGAUCGACGAUGCUCCGGCAAUAAAAUUGACGCAAUCAUAUAAAUGGUGGAACUAGACUUAGAGAUCUCAGUCUUAGAAGUUUCGGGAUCUCCAACAUGUCUUGAUCAUACUCAUUACGUUGGAGAUAGAAAUAAAAUCGCGAAGAUGCUCAAGAUUAUUCUAAACUACAUCAAAAUUAACUAUUCGGGCUGCUAUGAAGACUUUAGGAGGAUAAAAGUAUAUGGUAUUCAAGUAUAUGGUAAGUGCUAUGCACCAGAUGAAUAUUUCUAUUUUAAGUAUAAUCUAAUGUUUUUCUUUUCAUAAAUCCCUAUAGACCAUGACUUUUAUAUUUAUAGCAUGUGUUUGCCCUUUGCUGGAGUUUAUUACUUUAAAUUAGAAAAAAAGUUCUCUUGUCCGACGAUGACGUUUUUGCUCUUCAAGGAGUUGCCAAAGUUCGCCUCAAAUCUAUGGAUGAU